ACCGGAAAUGGAAAACGCUUAAAAGUUUGUUGAUAGCGAAUCGUACUGAUUGAGACGAAAGAGCGAAUUAAGACAAGUUUUUGACGAAAAUCGCCACUAGACAAAGUAAAAAGUGAUACUCUUCUUCUGUGCGCGGUGUUUAUUGAUUUUUUUUGCUGGGGCCGCUUUUCUGUAUUUAAGCAUCAUUAAAGGAAAUACUUGACUUCCGCCAUCUACAUUCUUCCUCAGAUCUCAACGAGUAAAAAAAUUAAGAAAAAGCUAACUCCGCUAAACUAAUAAAAAAAGAAACAUGUCUUCUGUUGAAGUCGAUAGUAUUCAGAAACUAGAAACGGACGGCUGGAAAUCCAAGCUGCAACUACCUCCAAAAGAUAACAGAGUCAAAACAGCCGACGUAACGAAUACGAAAGGCAACGAAUUUGAAGACUUUUGCCUGAAACGUGAACUACUUAUGGGUAUCUUUGAAAAAGGCUGGGAACAGCCCUCUCCUAUACAGGAAGCUAGCAUUCCAAUUGCUCUAUCUGGAAGAGAUGUUCUGGCUAGAGCAAAGAAUGGUACUGGUAAAACCGGUGCCUACGCUAUACCGUUGUUAGAACGGUGUAAUUCAGCCGUACCAGAUUUACAGGCUAUCGUUAUUGUGCCUACAAGAGAAUUGGCACUUCAAACUUCCCAAAUUUGUAAGGAGUUGAGCAAGCAUAUUGGUCUCAAAAUUAUGGUUACUACGGGUGGAACGAAUUUACGGGAUGACAUUAUGCGCCUAUACAAUACAGUUCAUGUGAUUAUUGGAACUCCUGGCCGAAUGUUGGACUUGAUGAACAAGAAUGUUAUAAAGUGCAGUAAAUGUACUAUGUUGGUUUUGGACGAGGCCGACAAAUUGCUAUCUCAAGACUUUAAGGGCAUGUUGGAUAGCAUUAUUGACCACUUACCAAAUGAACGCCAGAUUCUACUCUUCUCAGCUACGUUCCCACUGACCGUCGAGUCGUUCAUGCGCAAGCACCUCCACAAUCCGUAUGAGAUUAACUUGAUGGAUGAACUGACAUUAAAAGGCGUUACCCAAUAUUACGCUUUUGUGCAAGAAAGGCAAAAAGUUCACUGCCUAAACACGCUCUUCUCUAAACUGCAAAUCAACCAGUCAAUCAUAUUUUGCAAUUCGACGCAAAGGGUCGAACUACUUGCGAAAAAAAUUACGGAAUUGGGUUAUUCCUGCUUUUUCAUUCAUGCCAAGAUGAACCAGCAGCACCGUAACCGCGUCUUUCAUGACUUUCGGCAAGGUUUGUGCCGAAACCUGGUCUGCUCUGAUCUAUUUACGCGCGGUAUAGAUAUUCAAGCCGUUAACGUCGUGAUCAAUUUCGAUUUUCCGAAGCACGCUGAAACUUAUUUACAUAGAAUCGGUCGUUCCGGUCGCUACGGACACUUGGGUGUAGCCAUUAACCUGAUAACGUACGAUGAUCGCUUUUCUCUACACACAAUUGAAAGGCAAUUAAAGACCGAAAUUAAACCCGUACCAAAAGUUAUUGACAAGAAACUCUAUGUCGCCGAGUAUCAGAAUGAGGAGGAGGAAGUGAAGAAGGGUCAAACAGAAUAAGUGUCAAGCCCACCAGCUGUAUUACUACUAGCGAAUCAACAUUAUUUACUUAUACACACUUAAAUACGAUUAAAAGGUAUUUUAAAGCGCGAAUCUUUAACAUUAUUUAAAAAAAAAUGAAGCUCUUCCCUCUUAGAAAACUAGAGGAAACUAAGACGUUAUUCGCUAAACACUGCCAAUUGUGUUUUGUUGAAUGUGUUAACGUGAAUAGUAAAAAGGAUAUUUUAUUUUUUUUAGAUAAUUACCUCCAAAGAUGGAAAAAUAGUGAUUAUUUAGUCAUCUUUGAAAGUUUCGUUAGGGAAUAUAAGCUGGUGUUUGCAAUGCUUAUUUCAUAAUUUGUAUAAUGUUGUAAUAUAGUAAUUUUUUGAAGCUGUUAAAAAACAAAAAGUGGGCGAAUAACGGUUUAUAAAAAAUUUUUGUUUGUUGUUUAAAAUUCGCCAUGUGUUAUAUGUUUUUUUGCCAAUUGGUGGCGCUCAAAUACUGCUUAUAUAACAGAGCCACGCACUAGUUUUUUUUUCAAGAAAUGCAUUUUUCAUUUUCAUGUGCAGUGCGCUAUCCCACUCUCGUUUAUAUAGUAUAUUUUGAAUGUGUGACGUUAUCCUAUAUCUACUCUAAUGAACUAGCAAAGGAUAGUAUUGAACAUGUGUGAGCCCAAAAUAAGAUGUCAAAUUAACGAGGAUUGCCGUAAAGAAACGUUUUGUUAAGCACACUCAAAUUGUAUGUAAUUAGUUACAUCAGUAUUUUUCUGUUCUACAUUCGCAAUCCUCUCUUUUCCAUGUUUACGAUAUAUUCGGAAUAUGUUGCUAAACUUGAUUUUUUUUUUUAGGCUAAGUGCAUAUUUUUACGAGUGUGCUAAGUGCAGACGAUGCAAAUUCCGUCCUGAAAUUUGUAUUAAUGUGUGUGUAUAAAAAAAAGAGGAGGUGUUUUAUUCAGGACCGUGUUUUAUUAAUUCAAUUUGCUCUUCUAUUGAAAAACUAAUUGAAUUUUUAAAACUAAAAUUUCAAGCGAGGUCUUUUUAUCUGGUUAAGUUUAUAUAAUCUUUUGAGAGAUUAUGAAUCUUGUUUUUCUUUAUAAAAAUUUAACAUCUGAGAGAAAUUUAUUUAAAAACUAUGAGAUAAAAAAUAUUGAAAAAAAAAACAAAAAAAAGCACACUCAAAAACGAAAUCCUCACCAUCUCGCCAUAACUUAUUUCUUCUAAUUAUUUUCUUUUUUUUUUUUUGAAUGAAUAGAUAGCUUUUCAAAAAAUAUGUUUGAAUAGACAAAUAUAUCAACAUCAAUGUCCGUAACAGUAAAAAAAGGAAAAGUUUUGUAUAAUUAUUUAAAAUAAGAAACAUCAUUGCCGAGAUCUCGCUUCUAUAUAAUUUUUGUAAUAAUUGUUAAACAGUGCUUCUACGGACCUUCCAGGAGUGUGCUAUGAUAUAAAUUUUUUAUGUAAGUUUUUUUUUCUUUUCGAGAAAGAAGUUGAAAAACUUCUUUCAAAGAAAUCUUAUGUAACAACUGCAAUUUGGAAAUGUUUUCUUUUUAUAUAUAUAAAGCUAAAUUCCAACAUCUGAGAUUGAAAAUCUUCGUAUAUGAUUAUAUAUCCGACUAUCUACAUAUAUAUUUAUAUACUUUUUUUUUAUAAAAAACAAAAAGGAACCAAAAUUAAUAAGUUUAUUAAAAAGAAUGUAGGGUUAAGAUUUAUUCAUUUUUUUUUCCGCAAAAUUCAAUAAACGUUUCCAAAUUGCUUCUAUGUAAAAACAAUUUAUACAAGUGAAAACUUUAAAAGAAAAACAAUUUUGAACGUUAAAAAACAAACAAAUCAUAAAUUUAAAAUGAAAGUGAAGCUUCUUUAAAACUUCGUCAUCGUUCAAAACUUUUUUUUUUGAAAGGAUUAAGUCAAGUCAAAAAAAAGUGAAAUUUGUGCGUUUAACUAUGAAUGCAAAACAGUUUUAUGUAUAACUUCAAUAGAUAUUGUUCUUCGUUUUUAACUUUAUACUUGCCCUACAACGAAAAGUAUCAAAAUUUAUGAAUUUUUGAAUAAACAAACUAAAAAUUCUGGUGUUUG